AUGGGAGAUUCAGUCGCCAAAACAGUCAGGAGAGGCUCCGGCAGCAAACCAGAGCAGGGUCGAGAUGGAAGAGAUGACCCCGUCGGACUACUACAAACACUGGAAACGAGCCUCGACGACAUACGAACCCUCGUUACCUGCCGAGUCUGUGUACGCCCUCUCUUUGAACCUUACACCAUCGAAUGUGGCCACACUUUCUGCUACGGUUGCCUUGUUCGUUGGUUUGAGAGGGACCGGACCAAGAAAUCUUGCCCCGACUGCCGAGCCGAUGUGCUACGUCCGCCCGCCCCGGCCUAUCUUAUUCGUGAUAUGACGCAAAUAUUCGCAAAGCGGGCAGAGCUCAUGCCUGUUGGUGAAACUACCCAGGAACACAAAAAAUGGCAGGACGAGGAGGCGGCUUUGGUCGAAAAAGACAGGGCAACUACCGGCCUUAAAGGUGGCCUUUUCCGAGGUUGCUUCAAACUGACACGUCGAAGACAAUUGAAUGUCAUUAGGGACGAUGAAGAUGGUGUUGAUCGUUGCCCAAGGUGCACGUGGGAGCUUGAAGACGGACUUUGUGAAUCUUGUGGAUAUCCAAUGGGGGAAGACUCGGCCGAAAUGAGUGAUUCUGACGGCCAUGGACAUUGGGAUGAUGACCUCUACGAUAUGGAAGGGGCUACUAUGGAAGAACUUGUGGGAGCCCUUGGUGAAGAUGCUCGUAUGGAUGGGUAUAUCCCGAAUCUCGACUUCUCCGAGCACGGAUAUUCGAGUGAAAAUGGUUCUUCUGACGGAAACCCGCCGCAAAUGCGUCACAGAGGUAGACGGAUUACGGCACAGCUCAAUCGACUGCGGGCAAAUUCAGAGGACGAGCGCCCUUACGAUAGUUUUCUUGAUGAUACAGAUGAAGGCAGUCAAGGUGAGGAGGUUGGCUCACUAAAUGAUUUCGUUGUCAACGAUGUCGAAAAUGGUCAUCACUCCGUUACAAGUUCGACCAGAAGCUUGCAUUGGGAAACGGAUGAAGGAACGGAUGGGGAGGGUAACCAACUGCAAAAUUCCGACAAUGAUCAAAACAGCCAAGAGGAAGACGCCUCAGCAAUUGCGAAUGGUGUUCGUAACGAAGCAUCAUCUGCAACUGCUCAAUAUGACCCUGGAGACGAGUCCGACGAAGGCCCAAUCCUGCGUUCCAGGCGACAAGCUCGACGAAGAUCAGUGCUGUCUAACCAGUCCAGUGGCAGUGAUGGCAGUGGCGUUUCGCAGGCGUUGAAUGCCCUUCGCGUGAGAAACGGAUACAGCGGCAGCCGUGUAUCUGUGAACGCGCAACGGAACAUUCCCCAUAGAAACCCAGGUGCAAGUGGUGAAAGAUCCACAGGCGGCCCAUUCGAGAUUGAAAGUGAUUCUGAUUCCCCUGUGCCUGCUCAGCAUACGAGAAGAAGGCGAGCUAUUCCGAAUCGUCUCACAUCGGACGAUGACAGUGCCGUGGAGGCCAGUAGUGGUACGGCUACUGUCGGUAGAGACUCCCCAAGACCGAUUGCUGGUUGGAUCGCUCGUAGGACUGGAGGCAUCCUACCGGCCAGUCAGACCAGCAGUGCAUCUUCGCCAAUCUUGAUCGAGUCAAGUCCGACGAGAUCGGCAAACCGCCAGCUUCCUGUCCCUGGAGCUUUCCCCCAACGUUCCCGAUCUGCCCGUCAUCCAAACCGCUCUCUGAACAUCGGCAGGCGGGCUCCUACUCGCACCAACCGUGGAGCGGAUAACUCGCCUCAGGGCAUUUUUACAAGACGUUCCCCAGCCAAUGCUUUCCCGUCUAACGGGCUACAGCAGCGUCGAGGCACGCGGCGUCGCAGUCCACUUCCCCCUCCUGCGCAUCCGCAUAGCCCAACAUCUAGGCAGUAUCACUCACCAACGGCAAUGGAAAUGUUCGAGCAGGGAAGACGUGACCGUCAAGCACAGAAGAUUGAGAGGAGAGCUGAACGUCGGCGCCUCAAGGCAGAGCGAGAGCAGAGAGCGAGGCCCCAAAGUGGACUGUCACCCUCGCCAGGCUCAUCGAAUCAAUAUGAAGACCUCUGA